UCGGAAGGUCUUUAGGAUUUAGGGAGGGGAAUCGAAUGGUCCAGACUCGCGGGACUGAGAGAGAUGGAGCACAGAGACGAUUAUAAAUUCAUGGAGAUUAGAGAUGCCAUUGCCUCCAUCAAUCAGAAGGUUAACCUUAUUGGCGUUAUCAUCGAGUUCGGUUUCCCCAGGCGAACUGACUGCACUGUCUCUGCUUCUCUAGACCCACAGAGAGCAAAAGAAAUGUUGAAUCCGGCGAACGAUCUGUUCUCGACACCGUCUUCUCCGACGAAUUCAUUCAUUUCCUCCUCCGAUCUCGACACUGAGUCUACAGGUUCCUUCUUCCAUGACAGGAGCACCAGCUUGGGGACUUUAAUGGGGGUGAGCUUCCCGGCGAUUGCCUUCCGAGUCUCCUCCCAGAGCCGAGACCACCCCGCCGCUGCGGCGGCGACAGCUGACGUUUCCCGCAAGAGCAAAAAGCCAAAGAGAAAAACGACGACGGCGCCGGGGCUAGUCUCUGAUCGGAAGCGGAAGUGGUGGCAGCUGUGCAGGGACGACGGUGUUAAAUCGGCAUCUCUGGGCGACUUUCUUGAGGUGGAACGGAGAUUUGGGGAUGGUGCUUUUUACGGCAAUGCGGUGGAUCUAGAAGGCGUGGUUACGGCGGAUCAACGGAGGAGUGGCCGGAAUUUGUUCGCCGACGGGAGAGUUCUUCCGCCUGCGCCAACGGAGGAAGAAGCAUCGUCAGCCGCGGCUCUCUGCCGAUUUUCAUUAUCGCUCACCGGAAUUUGCAGCGGCGGUGCCGGCUAAAAUUUGGGAUUUGAUUUGUCCAGUUUAUUUAAAUAUAAUAUAUUACAUUUAAUCAAUCAAAUGGUUUAAUUAUUACUAUGGAAGAAUUUUGAAAAAAAAGAAUGUAACUUUUUUCCUGU